GGUGGAGGGGAGGGAAGGGGGGGGGAACCGCGCAACGGAGCGACCGAAGAAAACUUCUCCCACAGCCGCUGCACUCAUGUGAUCGGAGCCAUGUCCCGGAGCCUGAAAAGGAGGAAGAACCACUGGACCGGCAAAGUCCACGAGAGCGUCCUAUGCAGGGACGAGCAGGGCCGGCUGGGGCUGGAGCUGCAGGGCGGCGCGGAGCAUGGACUCUUCCCCGUCGUCGGAGAACUGCCGGCGGGCGGCGCGGCGUGCCACAGCGGCCGGCUGCUCCAGGACGAGCUGCUGCUGGAAGUCAACGACACCCCGGUGGCCGGACUCACCACCCGGGACGUGCACGCCGUGGUCAAGCACAGCAAGGACCCGGUGCGACUCAAGUGCGUGAGACAAGGGGGCGUGAUAGACAAGGACCUGCGCCACUACCUCAACCUGCGCUUCCAGAAAGGCUCCGUGGACCACGAGCUGCAGCAGAUCAUCCGGGACAACCUCUACCUCCGCACCGUCCCCUGCACAACCAGGCAGCCCAAGGAAGGAGAGGUCCCGGGGGUGGAUUAUAAUUUCGUGACCAUUGACCGGUUUAUGGAACUGGAGAAAAGCGGAGCCCUGCUAGAGAGCGGAACGUAUGAAGAUAACUUUUACGGGACCCCGAAGCCUCCGGCCGAGCCCAGCGCUCUGCUGCUCGAUGUAACGGACCAGCUGCUGCCGGGCGCCAGACCCAGCUCCGAGGGCAAGAGGAAGCGGAACAAGUCGGUCAGCAACAUGGAGAAGGCCAGCAUCGAGCCCCCCGAGGAGGACGAGGAGGAGAGGCCAGUCGUCAACGGCAAUGGCAUCGCGGUCACCCCAGAGUCCAGUGAGCAUGAGGACAAGAGCACAGACGCCUCAGGGGACAUCGCCCCGCAGAACAGCCCAGCGGAGGCCUCCACCGAGACGCCCAAAGACGACGGCCAGUCGCCAAAGAUCACGGUGCCCAAACUAGAGGAGAACGACGAGCUCGGGCCCCUGCCGGACAACUGGGAGAUGGCGUACACGGAGAAAGGAGAAGUCUACUUCAUAGACCACAACACCAAGACAACAUCGUGGCUGGACCCGAGGCUCGCCAAGAAGGCAAAGCCGCCCGAGGAAUGCAAAGAGGACGAGCUUCCGUACGGCUGGGAGAAAAUCGAUGACCCCAUUUACGGCAGCUACUAUGUCGAUCAUAUAAACAGAAGGACCCAGUUCGAGAACCCAGUCCUGGAGGCCAAGAGGAGACUCCAGCAGCAGCAGCAGAUGCAAAGCCAGGGUCUGUCCUCACUGCCCCUCCCCUCCAUCUACAGAGUGGAGGAUGCCAAGCCCUGUGCCACCCUCCCCAGGUCCGCCCUCACGCAGGUCGGCCCGGUGCCCGAGCGCUGCCACAGCCUGGGCGACCUCUCCCGCUCGCCGACUCUGUGCCGCCGGGCCGCCGUGUACGCCACCACCUCCUCCUCCACCGACGUCUCCCCGCUGCGGCGCGUUCUGACUCGGCGGAGGAAUAUGUGCCCCCACCAGCGGCAGCAGCAGCAGCCACUUCACACCUCCGCCUGCGCUGUGGUGCUAGAGCAGCCUGUCUGUAGCCCCUACUCCCUGUGGCACUUCGUCAAGAAGCCGCUGUUCACGCGGGACCCGACUCAGCUGAAAGGCAGCUUCCUGUCCACGCCGCUCCAAAAGAGCAACAUGGGCUUCGGCUUCACGAUCAUCGGAGGAGACGAGCCCGAUGAAUUCCUCCAGGUCAAGAGCGUCAUCCCCGACGGGCCGGCUGCAGCCGACGGGAAAAUGGCCACAGGCGAUGUCAUCGUCUACAUCAACGACGUGUGCGUCCUGGGCACCACCCACGCCGACGUGGUCAAGCUCUUCCAGUCGGUGCCCAUCGGCCAGAGCGUGACGCUGGUGCUGUGUCGUGGUUACCCUCUGCCCUACGACCCGGAGGAAGCUGCCAACACCAACAACAACACCACCACCACCACCAUCAUCUCCCCGCUGGGCAUCAUGGAGCAGCGGCCCAUCAUGGUGAACGGCCGGACGGGCUACGACAACUACCUGGAGUAUCUGUCCCGCACGGCCCGCUUCGUCUCGGACCCGGGUCAGGACCAGGUCAACGCCCAGCAGCUCCUCCCGCCUCAUCCGGGCGACACCCACUUGGACGGCUCCCUCCCUCCCACCAGCGGCACCACGCCGCCCGACAGCAUCUCCAUGGCCUCGUCGGGGGCCACCCAGGGGGAGCUGCUGACCCUCACCAUGGUGAAGGGGGCGGACGGCUUUGGCUUCACCAUCGCCGACAGCGCCACGGGCCAGCGCGUCAAGCAGGUGCUGGAGCCUCAGGGCUGCCCGGGCCUGUGCGAGGCGGAUCUGAUCGUGGAGAUUAACAAGCAGCCGGUUCAGGGCUUCACACACACGCAGGUGGUGGAGCUGCUCAAGGAGUGUGCCGUCGGAACCGAGACCAGCCUGGUGGUGCAGAGGGGGGGAACAGGUCACUAUUCGCCAUGGAAGACCCCUAAGCAGGUGCUGGAGCAGUGGGAGUCCCAGCAGGGCCAGGGCAGCCCCGCUCAGACCAGCCUGUCGGCCCCCGUUAUCCCCCACAGCGCCCCCUUCCCGACACACCACCUUCACAGGGCCUCGGUCCCAGACUCAGCCCCCGAGGCCCUGGCUAAACCCGACCCCUAUGACCUUUAUGAGAAGUCCAGGUCUAUCUUUGAGAGUAGGCAACCCGGCCAACCGCGGACUGUGUUUCCUGUGGACUUGACAGGAGCGGAGUACCAGGACAUCGAGGUCCACCUGCGCAGGCAGAAAUCUGGGUUCGGGUUCCGGGUGCUGGGGGGCGAUGAGGCCGGGCAGCCUGUGAGUCCGGAGACGCGUGAGAAGAUCUUGAUCGGGGCGAUCAUCGAGAAGAGUCCGGCGGAUCUCGACGGGCGCUUGCGGCCCGGUGACGAGCUCCUGUUCGUGGACGGGAUCCCGGUGGUGGGGAAACCUCACCGGUACGUGAUCGACCUGAUGCACGGGGCGGCACGGAACGGUCAGGUCAGCCUGGUCAUCAGGAGGAGAGUGCAGGCGCCAGCUGAGCCCUGUCCGGAGAACGGCCGCAGCCCCGGCUCGGUCUCCACGCAGCACAGCUCCCCGCGCAGCGACUUCACGUACGCCAACAGCACCGGCAUCAACCCGCCGGCCAACGCCUGCGUGGGCAACGCGGCCUCUUCGGACGGGACGUCGACCCCCAGCGCUCAACCCAGUGACGUCAUCAUCAACAGGAAGGAGAGCGAGGGCUUCGGCUUUGUCAUCAUCAGCUCGCUGAACCGGCCCGAGGCGCCCGCCGCUAACACUGUGCCCCACAAAAUUGGCCGCAUCAUCGAGGGAAGCCCGGCCGACCGCUGCGGGAAGCUGAAGGUGGGAGACAGGAUCCUGGCGGUGAACAGCCAGUCCAUCGUCAACAUGCCACACGCCGACAUCGUCAAGCUCAUCAAGGAUGCAGGCCUGAGCGUCACCCUGAGGAUCAUACCGCAGGAAGAAAUCAGCAACCCCCCCUCAGCCCACAGCUCGGAGAAGCAGAGCCCCAUGGCGCAGCAGCACAGCCCUAAGACGCAGCCCGGCAACGUGGCCUCUGAGCCCAGCCCGGCAGCCACGGAGCUCAACCCCUCUGUCGGCCAACCCAACCCGGUGCCCCAUCAGAGCCCUGUGACCCAGCUGCCCGCCCCUCCGCCUCCGACCUACGUCCACGAGAGCAGUUACAGGUCAGAAGUGAAAGCCAGGCAGGACGUCAAACCGGACAUCCGGCAGCCGCCGUUCACGGAUUACCGACAGCCGCCGGUGGACUACCGGCACCCGCCUGUGGCCGACUACCGGCAGCCGCCCACGUUGGACUACAGACACCCGCCGCUGCUGGACUACAGACAGCUCGCCACGGACACCAGGCAGUACAUGCCGGAUUACAGAAUGCCACCAGUUCAGCUCACACAGGACUUCGACUUCUUCACGGUGGAGCUGGACAAAAGUGUGAAGGGCUUCGGUUUCAGCAUCCGAGGGGGGCGGGAGUACAAGAUGGACCUGUUUGUCCUGCGGCUGGCGGACGACGGACCGGCCAUCCGCAACGCAAGGAUGAGGGUCGGGGAUCAAAUCAUUGAGAUCAAUGGCGAGAGCACCCGGGACAUGACCCACGCCCGAGCCAUCGAGCUGAUCAAGGCCGGAGGUCGGCGUGUCCGUCUCCUCCUGAAGAGGGGGACAGGGCAGGUCCCAGAGUACGACAAUGCUGCCCCAUGGGAUGCUCGCCCUUCAGCCUCCCCAAGCCUGUCGGAAGUAGCCCCUCCCAUCGACAGCCUUUCCAUAUCAUCGCCUUCAUCUCAUCUUGCCCCGGCCUCCGACCCACCUCACCUGCUGCCUCUGGAUGUCCCUCGAGACGCGGGGGCACGGGACGGCCGGACGGAGCGCUCAAAGAGCCCCCACAAGGCCGAGCUGCUAAACCCAGAUCCGAUCGGCCAGGGGAGGAGAGCGGCUUCAACCGGGGGCAGCGGCAGAGCGAAGAAAGAGGGCGGCAGGUCCUCCCGCAAGGGGCACCGGGUGCAGCCCACUACUGAGGGGGAAGGGGGCAAAGAGGGGCAGAGUGGGGAGCUCAAAGCCUCCAGGAGCACCAGAGGGAGGUCCAAGGAGAGACCGACCGGGGAAACCAGAGAAUCCACCCACUCUCCCAGCUGCUCCAAGCUCCCGCACACCAACGGAAACAGCCGAGAGGACGUGGAGCGUUACGGCGUCGGGUGGCAGCAGCAGGUGGAGUCGGAGCAGUGCCAGCCCAGGCCCAGGGACCGCAGCCUGGGAGAGAGCCGGCCCAGUCUGCCCAUCAAGACCACCAGCAGCAGCAGCGGCGGCGGCGGCGGCGUAGCAGGGAGGAAGGUCACGGUCUCUCCCGGGCCCUGGAAGAUCCCUGGGUCGGACAAGCUGCCCAGCACGCUGCGCACGGGCACCUCCACGCUGAGCAGAUAACACCGCGGCUCCGGGCAGACGACAGGGGCCACACUCAUCUGAGCUACACCACCAACAUCUGGAUGCCCCCCCCCCCCCCACUACCCUCCUGUGCUUCUUUAUCUCCCUCCACCUUACAAAACCACGGGGCGGGCGGGUGGGGGGGGAGCAGGGGGAGCAGGAUGAUCUGGACCUCGUGUUUUUAGAAGUUUAUUUAUGAUACUGUACUCUAAAUUAUUUUGAGAAAUAUUUUACACCCACCACCUUAAGAACUGGUAAACCAUUUUUUGAAGGAAAAAAAAAAUGGAAGAGCAAGUAGAAUG